AUGAAGCUGAGCGCUGCCAUCGCCGUGCUCGCGGCCGCCCUUGCCGAGGGGCACUAUACCUUCCCCAGCAUCGCCAACACGGCCGACUGGCAAUAUGUGCGCAUCACGACCAACUUCCAGAGCAACGGCCCCGUGACGGACGUCAACUCGGACCAGAUCCGGUGCUACGAGCGCAACCCGGGCACCGGCGCCCCCGGCAUCUACAACGUCACGGCCGGCACAACCAUCAACUACAACGCCAAGUCGUCCAUCUCCCACCCGGGACCCAUGGCCUUCUACAUUGCCAAGGUUCCCGCCGGCCAGUCGGCCGCCACCUGGGACGGUAAGGGCGCCGUCUGGUCCAAGAUCCACCAGGAGAUGCCGCACUUUGGCACCAGCCUCACCUGGGACUCCAACGGCCGCACCUCCAUGCCCGUCACCAUCCCCCGCUGUCUGCAGGACGGCGAGUAUCUGCUGCGUGCAGAGCACAUUGCCCUCCACAGCGCCGGCAGCCCCGGCGGCGCCCAGUUCUACAUUUCUUGUGCCCAGCUCUCAGUCACCGGCGGCAGCGGGACCUGGAACCCCAGGAACAAGGUGUCGUUCCCCGGCGCCUACAAGGCCACUGACCCGGGCAUCCUGAUCAACAUCUACUACCCCGUCCCGACUAGCUACACUCCCGCUGGUCCCCCCGUCGACACCUGCUAA